AUGGGGUACUUAGUCAACAAUAUUAGGCGAAGACUUCACAUUUACGCAGGAAACACUUGCCUUAACAUAGAAAAUCGAACCGAACCUGUACCUGUGUACUCUAUUAGACGGAACAUUCCCUUGUCUUCUGUGAAUAAUUGGAGUAAAAAAGAAAUUGACGUUACUCGUCCAAAGCAUCAUCAUCAAUUAGCUGAAGAUAUUUCUCCACAACAGCCAUUCAAUACUCGUCUUCAAGCCUUCAAGAUUUUGGUAAACUCUCAGCUCUCUGAUGUUGUUUCAUGUGAUUAUUGGAGUGUAUUUCAAAAACAUUUAGUGGAAAGCCUUUGUGAUCCGGAUGCAGAAAUUUUCAAAUUGAGUCUUACCAUACAUGCUAAAUUAUUAACAUUAUCUUAUAAUAUUAUGAGAGAAGGUUUCUCAAGUUUAAUUGAAGGAUUAAGGUCUCAUUACUCAAGAAAAUUCCACAAAUUUUUGCCAAGUUUUGAUCGUGGACUAGAAUUUCUUAAUCCUGUUCAUCAUCGAAUAAUUAAAAUAUCACACUUAAUAUUAGAAACAACUAAGCUAGUUCCAGAACACUGGGUAAGAAUGGGAGAGAAAGCUGUAGAAGAAAUUAUGAAUAUAUUUCUAGCAGUAAUCUCUAUGCACACAUUUGAUAGUAUGAAUUCAAAAAGUGUAUUAUAUCCAUUUCAUGUGAUGACAACUAUAGAUCCUAAAGCUAAAUGGUGUAGGAUUUGGCUUCAUUGUGGGUUUGGGCGACGUGUAUUUAUGUCUCAGCAAUCCCGAGUUAUUACUCUUUUAAGGUAUGUAGUAGAGGAAAUAUCAAACUAUCUACCUACAAAAGGAGAAGGGAAACCCACUAAGCCAAUCAAUUUUAUUUGUAAAAAAUCUGUUAGACUUUCUGUGUUUAGCCAUUGUGUCAAUAUUCUGUGUUGUUUUGCCACCUACAAAAGGGGCCAUUCUUUCUUUCCUUUGUCUUGUAAAAUUAAAAAUGAUCCAGUAACCCUUUCUGAAAUGCUUUGCACACUGAUUAAUCAUUUAAAUUGUAGUCAAGAAUUAAAUUUAUUAAAUUUUAAAAUUAUAUCUGAUGCAAUGGUGGCACUUAUUCAAACAAAAGAAUCACCCUUCUUGUCUCUCGCUGAAGUCUUUACAGUUUGCUUAGAACCAAUGAAAGAAGUCAUUGACCACCCAACAGAAUUUUCUAAUCACCAUAUACCAUGGCAUACAAUUGAUAUUUUAGAAGCUUUGUCAAAAAAUGAGACAGGAAUGAUGUUUCUUGUGGAGGGCAAAAGUAAUGGUGAACAUAAAAUGAUAUCACCUUGGGGUAAGGUGCAUAAUACUGAUAUAGUUCCCAAUUUCCAUCCUGUGAAUAUAAUUAUGGAUUAUACUGAUAUCCUAUUAAGACGUAGAGAGACUAGUGAAAGGGCAUUGAUACCAUUACUCCAUGUAUGUACAGUUUUUUUUAAAUAUUAUGACUUAUGUUCAGCGUCAUCCAAAUUAUCCCUAAUUGAGAGUUCUGUUAUUCAUUUUCAGUAUUUUCAAUCUCAAAGUAAAGAUAUAUUUCAUUCGAAGAUAGAAGGAAGUUGUGUGGAAUCAGAAGAAUUAAAGAAAUCUGUUAUUAAUUUUUUGGCUAGUGUUGUUAGUCAACCUGGUGGUUUAUUGGCAGUUAUUCAGUGUGGUUUGAACAUUUUAGAUCUCGUACCUUUAGUGUUUCAAAAUUCAUUUUUGUUAUGGGAAUCAUCAGAGUUUCGGAGAUUAGUUUCAAUGUUCACAGUACUUCAAGAAGUGGAAGAUACCAUGGCCAUUGAAUGUACAAAGCCAUUAAGUAUAGUACUAUGCAACCUGUGGACUGCCUUAGAAGAUGAGGAAUCAUUUGUAAGAGGAAUAGAAAGAAAUAUUAACACUGCAAUUAUGCAUUACAUGAAUGUUGCACAUACUUUCACUUGCACACUUUCUGGAACAAAAAUUUUUUUUUCUGAAUAUGAAGGAAGUGAAGAAACCUUAUUAGAGAAUGGUUACAAUCCUAUUUCUCCAGCUGAGUUGAUUAUGAUAGAACAUUCCAAUGAUCCGUGGCACAAAGUUGCCUUGCUCACUUUGCAAACUGUUACAAGAAAUCUUGAUGCCUGGUUGUAUGUGGAGUCAAAAUUCAACAUUGAGAAACGGCUUGUGCAAGUACAGCUACAAAAUGUGACAUCGCCCAUAUUUGAGAAACCAUCUUUGGGAGAAAGUGACGCCAAAAAGAACAUUAUAGUUGAUGAAUGUAGUUUACUUCGCCACCAGAUUUUAACAAAGACCCAUAUUAUAAGCAAACUUUCACAAGAGGCUUUUUCUGAUUUCAACACAGAAAUUUUAGAAAGCUUCAUGUCCAUACAGUUUCCUGAACAGAAGACAGAUGUAACUGGGCAAGUUACGUAUAAUCUUUCUGGUAAAUCUGAAUUCCAUCGAUUGCUUGAGAGUUCAGAUGAAAUCACAAACAACACACAUUGGCUUAUUUGUGCUAGAAAAGCAUUCCGCUCGAAGCAGGAAGAUGUUAUUGCAAGUUCCAUUGUUUCCUUGAUAAAAUGUGUCUCUCAAUGUAAUGGUGAAUUGAACACUGUACUUAUUUGGGUUAAUGAUCCUUCCAUCUUGAACCACGAUAUAUGUGCUGAAGAAAUGUUAGGAGUCAAAAUAUCUGUUAGAUAUGGUGUGCAGAUAGGACUUUUGGAGGAGGAAUUACCUAAUAAUCAUUUACUUAAAGAACUUUUACAACGUACUCAAACUGUUUUACAAAUUGAUAAAAACUCUAUCUUUAGAGGCUUUGAUUGGUUUAUUUCAUCUGUUUUUUUACUAUGUUCAGGAAAUUUAGAAGAGUGUCAAACAUUUUUAAAUAAUUUUGUUACUUUACAAGUUAGUUUGAUACUCUGGCCAUCAUUUGCAGAAAGCAGAGGUGUAAAUCAUUUGUGUAUUGUUUUCAGCUCAUUAUUAGAAAUGGUAAUUUCAGAAAAUGUCCCCCUUGCUUCUGCUGCACUCCGUGCAACAGGUAUUCCUUGGGGGGUUGUGUGCUAUAGCUGGUUGAGUCAGUGCUUCUGGACCAUUCUCAAAUGGAACCAAGUGUGUGAGUGGUUGACUCUGUGCAUUCUUUACCCACCUGAUAUAAUAAUUUAUUAUUGUGCUGCUUUGCUUCAUUAUUUGCAGCCAAAAAUCCUGCGAGCUGCUGUAGAUGAGUUUACUUGGGAUCAACUGGUGCAUGAGAAUUUUAUUGGCUUUUCCAUCACAGAUCAAAUGACUUUUUUGGACAAAUUAGUUAAAGAACAUCGAACUACUGUCCUGCCUAAGUUACUCCGUGCAGUAGAGAUUGCACAGUGA